CCUUCAGCAGCAGCCUCUUAUUUCUCACUACAGUAGACUAGCCCUGUAACGCACACUGGUAGUCAUGUGACGGUCAUAUAGUACAACUCAGUCAGCGCUCAGUCCAGUCUGAACGCUGCUGCUGCUGCUGCUGCUGCUGCUGCUGCAUGGCGAGUCUCAAGGGCAAUAGCUGCUCUGGCAAUAUACUGCCGCGUCGGAUGCAACAAACAUUUCUCCCCGCGCCUUUUGCAUUGGGAUUAUAUUGCUUUUAAUUGAACAAGACACACUGUAUCCCGGCUGGAGACCUUGGAUUGUAAAAGUGUUUCUGCGACGCCUACUUUUUCCACCCUGAGAGAGAAACACCAGGUGUUUCGAUAUCUCCCCCGAGUGGGAAGUGUGGCCUCGGUGACCUGGGUUUGUAUGGCCUAACUUUUCCAGAAGCAGAAGGAAUAUUUUUUUUUACAAAUCAUCCUAACCACAGACUCCAACAAGAGACGACCGAUUGGCACUGUCCAGGGAUGGUGGACAACUUCCCAGUUAGCGAGGGGAUUUUUCUACCUUACAGUGGCUCGUCGCAGGUCUACCGGCUGUCUGACAUGGUGACAGACCUGAGCUCCUACCAGGUGAUGCCGUCACCGUUUUCGGAGGAUGACCGGAGCGAGUCGUCCAGCCCUCGUUCCUGUUCCAGCCCCGACUCCCAGGUGCUUAGCUCCAGCUACGGCAGCAACUCUAGUGCUGAGAGCCAUGACAGCAUCCUGGAUCACCUGCUGUCACAGGCCUCUUUAGGGGGUGCCAACAGUGUGCUGGCAGGGUCUGUUGCACCUGUGCCAUUAUCCACUUUCUUCUGGGACUCACAGAGAGAUGAGCCGCCCAGACGCCAGCCUGUGAAGGAGGAACAUUUUGACUUCCUAUCCUGGGCCAAUGCUGAGACAGAGGAACAACUUGGAGGGUGCUUCCAGCCCACACUGGAAGAGAUCGAAGAAUUCCUGGAGGAAAAUAUGGAGGUGGUAACGAUGAAGCAGGAAUUCCGAGAGGGUUGUGCGGGAUUGGGAGUGGGACUGGAGGAGGCCCUUGGUCUAGAAUUUGGCUUGGAGUGGUGCAGGGAAGCCUCCCCUGAGCCUAAGCCAGAGCCAGAGGCCAAGUAUUCAGACCAAACUGUCCCUACCGCCAGCACUGCUGGCCUGUCCACUGCUGCCUCCAGCAAGACCAAAACUACAUCAGUUAGGCCCACACAUGAAUCCAGCACAGGGGCCAAGAAAGCGUCAGCCAACAAACCUUCAUCAGCAGACAGUGGAACAAACGGUAGCGGGAUGCCAGGUGUCCAACUGAUUCAGCCCCUUCAGAUCAAGCAGGAGCCCACGGUAGCGCCUAUUACCCCUAUGGCCCAGCCCCCACUGCCUGCCCCAGCCUCAGACAUCAAAAUUGCACAGCUACUGGUCAACAUCCAAGGUCAGACCUUUGCCCUGGUGCCCCACAUCCUGCCCUCCACCAGCCUUAACGUCUCCUCCAAGUUUGUACGCAUUGCUCCCGUCCCCAUUGCGGCCAAGCCGCUCGGGCUCGGGGACAGCUCAGCCGGCCAGGGCUCAGGGAUUCUUGUUGGAGGUCAAAAGUUCCAGAAGAACCCGGUGGCGGAUCUUAUCAAAAUGCACAAAUGCACUUUCCCUGGCUGCACCAAGAUGUACACCAAGAGCAGCCACCUGAAGGCCCACCUGAGGAGGCACACGGGGGAAAAGCCUUUUGCAUGCAACUGGCAGGGCUGUGGAUGGAGGUUUUCCCGGUCCGACGAGCUGUCUCGACACCGGCGCUCCCACUCAGGUGUCAAGCCCUACCAGUGUCCGGUUUGUGAGAAGAGGUUCGCCCGCAGCGACCACCUGUCAAAACACAUCAAAGUCCACCGUUUCCCACGGAACAGCCGGACAGUUCGCACAGCAAACUGAUGCUGGGAUCGCUGGGAAUGCUGGGAUCACUCUCAUACGGACAUAGGCCGCCGGCGCACGGUGCAAGUCUGAACGCACAGAUCUUUUUAGCGCAAAUGUUUGCGUCAUUAUCAAGUCAGUUUGAUUAUGUGAGUGGAAGCAUGCCUCACUUUUUGUUUCAGCAGUCUGCGAUUGUCCUAAUUUAUUGUUACCAGUUACCAUCCUGUCUGUGAUCAGCUGAAGGUUGUCGUUGCUGUUGGUGCUUUGGUAUGUUGUACUCCUUAUGUUUGUUCGGUCCUUAUCGCCUGCCUCCGCAGAAGAUAAGAUAAGCUUAUUUUCAUCCUGUCUGGAUUAUGUGAUAUCUUUGGUCCACGCGACCUGGAUCAAAACAACUGCCUUUUAUCUUCCUUAAAGUUGCCAACGUCUUGGACAUUCCUCAUCUUAUGCAAUGUUUAGGAAGUCAGAGGAAGAUCAUUGGGAUCCUCAUUAGCUACAACCAGUAUAGUCUUUCAUUGACAGUGCAGUUGAUGCACAGGGAGAGACCUGUGAAAUCUCGCCAUAAUCUACCUGGGUUCUGCGCUGUCUUUUUCUUUCCAUACAUCAAUUCUAUUGGUCACCUGUUACAUCUGUCUGUGGGUUUUACAAAUAUUUAACCAAUGAAAAGUGUUAAAAAGGGCUUGUGAAUACAUUUCGUAAGUCAAUCUGAUCCUCAAACUACCGGCAAAAACCUCAUAGCUCCACCCAGCCUCGUGCUUGAAUAGAGUGUCGCUCACAGCAGAGCCGAAAGAAAACAGCGACGUUGCGAUUUUAAAACAAGCUGCACUGGAAGCAGAGCAACUGACAGUAGCUGUGCAAUGAGAAAAUAACAUA